GCGCAGCCCCCCGAUCUGCAGCCGCCGGACCGCGCUGCCCCGCUGACUCCCGCCUGCCCGACUUGCUGCUGGUUGCCUUGAGGACCACACUUUCCCUUGCUUGAGGAGACACCCAUCUCCACCCCCAAUUUUCCUCAUAAUGAGUCAGUUGAGGCUGCUGCCAUCCCGGCUUGGGGCACAGGCUGUGAGGCUCCUGGUCCCUCGUGAUUUCCAGGUGUUCAGCUGGCGUGGCAGGUCAUCUGGGCCACCGGCCACCUUCCCAAGCAGCAGAGGUGGAGGUGGCUCCAAUUACAUGGAAGAGAUGUACUUCGCCUGGUUGGAAAACCCCCAGAGUGUCCACAAGUCCUGGGACAGCUUCUUCCGGAAAGCCAGUGAGGCUCAGCCACGCCCCAUCUCUGUGGUAUCUGAGAGCAGGCCGGCGGUCUCCAGCCGGACCAAGACCAGCAAGCUGGUGGAGGACCACCUGGCUGUGCAGUCCCUCAUCCGGGCCUACCAGAUCCGGGGCCACCAUGUAGCCCAAUUGGAUCCCCUGGGCAUUCUGGAUGCAGACCUGGACUCUUUUGUGCCCUCAGAUUUAAUCACAACUAUCGAUAAGUUGGCCUUCUAUGACCUACAGGAGACUGAUCUAGAUAAGGAAUUCCAGCUACCCACAACCACCUUCAUUGGGGGCUCUGAAAACACCCUCUCUCUGCGGGAGAUCAUUCGGCGCCUGGAGAACACAUAUUGCCAGCACAUCGGCCUGGAGUUCAUGUUCAUCAAUGACGUGGAGCAAUGCCAGUGGAUCCGGCAGAAGUUUGAGACCCCUGGCGUGAUGCAGUUCUCUAGCGAGGAGAAGCGGACCCUGCUGGCCCGGCUGGUGCGCUCCAUGAGGUUUGAAGACUUCCUGGCCCGGAAGUGGUCCUCGGAGAAGCGGUUUGGCCUGGAGGGCUGUGAGGUCAUGAUUCCUGCCCUCAAGACCAUCAUUGACAAAUCCAGUGAGAUGGGGAUUGAGAACGUCAUUCUGGGGAUGCCACACAGGGGUAGGCUGAAUGUGCUGGCCAACGUGAUCCGCAAGGACCUGGAGCAGAUCUUCUGCCAAUUUGACCCCAAAUUGGAGGCGGCGGAUGAGGGCUCUGGAGACGUCAAAUAUCACCUCGGCAUGUACCAUGAGAGGAUCAACCGAGUCACAAACAGGAACAUCACUCUGUCGCUUGUAGCCAACCCCUCCCACCUGGAAGCCGUGGACCCCGUGGUGCAGGGGAAGACAAAGGCAGAGCAGUUCUACCGCGGGGAUGCCCAGGGCAAGAAGGUCAUGUCCAUCCUGGUCCAUGGAGAUGCUGCCUUUGCUGGCCAGGGUGUGGUCUAUGAAACCUUCCACCUGAGCGACCUGCCCUCUUACACCACCAACGGGACUGUGCAUGUCGUCGUCAACAACCAGAUUGGCUUCACCACGGACCCCCGAAUGGCCCGCUCCUCACCAUACCCCACCGACGUGGCCCGUGUGGUCAAUGCACCCAUCUUCCACGUGAAUGCGGAUGACCCAGAGGCCGUGAUAUAUGUGUGCAGCGUGGCGGCCGAAUGGAGGAACACCUUCAAUAAAGAUGUUGUGGUGGACCUGGUCUGUUACCGCCGGCGGGGCCACAAUGAGAUGGACGAGCCCAUGUUCACACAGCCGCUCAUGUACAAGCAGAUCCACAGACAGGUGCCUGUGCUGAAAAAGUAUGCAGACAAGCUCAUCGCCGAGGGCACUGUCACCCUGCAGGAGUUUGAGGAAGAAAUUGCCAAAUAUGACCGGAUCUGUGAGGAGGCUUACGGCAGGUCAAAGGAUAAAAAGAUACUGCAUAUAAAGCACUGGCUGGAUUCCCCCUGGCCUGGUUUCUUCAAUGUGGACGGGGAGCCCAAGAGCAUGACGUGCCCAGCCACGGGCAUUCCUGAGGACAUGCUGACGCACAUUGGCACUGUGGCCAGCUCUGUGCCUUUGGAGGACUUUAAGAUCCACACGGGCCUCUCUCGCAUCCUGCGGGGACGUGCAGACAUGACCAAGAAUCGGAUGGUGGACUGGGCGCUGGCAGAAUACAUGGCCUUUGGCUCCCUGCUCAAGGAGGGCAUCCAUGUGCGGCUCAGUGGGCAGGAUGUGGAGAGGGGCACGUUCAGUCACCGGCACCACGUUCUUCAUGACCAGGAUGUUGACCGUAGGACAUGUGUCCCCAUGAAUCACCUUUGGCCUGACCAGGCCCCCUACACCGUGUGCAACAGCUCCCUCUCGGAGUACGGAGUCCUGGGCUUUGAGCUGGGCUACGCCAUGGCCAGCCCCAAUGCCCUGGUCCUCUGGGAGGCUCAGUUUGGCGACUUCCACAACACAGCCCAGUGCAUCAUCGACCAGUUCAUCAGCACCGGCCAGGCCAAGUGGGUGCGGCACAAUGGCAUCGUGCUGCUGCUGCCGCAUGGCAUGGAGGGCAUGGGCCCGGAGCACUCCUCAGCCCGGCCAGAGAGGUUCCUGCAGAUGAGCAAUGAUGACUCAGACGCCUACCCUCCACACGCUGUCCCCCAGGCAUUCACGCAGGACUUCGAGGUGAGCCAGCUUUACGAUUGUAACUGGAUCGUGGUCAACUGCUCCACACCGGCCAGCUACUUCCACGUGCUGCGCCGGCAGAUCCUGCUGCCCUUCCGCAAGCCGCUAAUUGUCUUCACACCCAAAUCUCUGCUGAGGCACCCAGAGGCCAAGUCCAGCUUUGACCAAAUGGUAUCCGGGACCAGCUUCCAGCGAGUGAUUCCUGAGGAUGGGGCUGCAGCACAGUCACCUAAACAGGUGCGGCGGCUCAUCUUUUGCACGGGAAAGGUGUAUUAUGACCUGGUGAAGGAGCGGAGCAGUCAGGGCCUGGAGGACCAAGUGGCCAUCACACGUCUGGAGCAGAUCUCUCCAUUCCCCUUCGAUCUGAUCAAGCAAGAGGCAGAGAAGUACCCAGAUGCAGAGCUGGUGUGGUGUCAGGAGGAGCAUAAGAACAUGGGUUACUAUGACUACAUCAGCCCACGCUUCAUGACCAUCCUGAGCCGGGUGCGGCCCAUAUGGUAUGUUGGCCGUGACCCAGCAGCUGCACCAGCCACAGGAAAUAGGAACACUCACCUGGUGUCUCUGAAGAAGUUUCUGGAUACUGCUUUCAACCUUCAGGCCUUUGAGGGCAAGACAUUUUAGAGCUGAGCAAGGCCUGCCAAGCUACCUGUGUCUUGCCAGGGAGAUUCUGGAGGACAUAGCAAACUCACUAGGGGAGGGACAGUUAUCCUGUCUAGGAUAGGGGUUGUGGGGCCUCAGGAUAAAACAUGCUAAUGUAGUGAUUGAGACCAAAGGGUAGGUACUGCAGGUUUGUGUAGAUUGUCACUUUGGGACUUCACGUUUUUUCAGAAUCUGUUAGGACUGAGCAAGCCAGACGGGUCUGAUAGAUGGGCUGUGAUUCUGGAGUGUUUCCCUAGCUGGCUUGGUCUUUCUGGAAUUGUGUGGCUUCUCCAUGUGUGUCAUUCAUGUCUGUGAGACAGCGAUCCGGGAGCAGAUCUCUCCCCUGCCAGGAGAUCUGGCUGCCACUCACCCUAUCCUUGUUCAUCUGUAGAUUCAAAGAAUAUUCUCUUGUGUGCUUUUAGAAAUAGAGAUUUCAGCAAUAACAACCAGGCGGAGCAGAGCCAUGCCAGGUGAUUUAUACGUGCUCUGUUUUAUGGGGCGUGUCAUGAUGAGAUAUGUCAGCUCUGCGUGAAAUACAGCCACAGCUCAUGUGUACCAAAGUAGAAAACCAAAUAACAAAUAAAAAUGCUUAU